UACGAGCGACUUGAUCGAGGCGUUUACAAAUAUUCCUCAAGGGCCGAUCAUCCAUCAUGAGAACUUGGUGGAAUCAGUGGUCAAACGCUCCGCGCGCACACAGCUGAUGCAUCCGAAAAACCGCGCCAAAAGUCUCCCUCGCUAUUCUUUCUCCUCCUCCUCCGCCUUGAGAGCGAGAACCCGAGCACCGCGUGCCUCUCCACACAAUCUCUCGUCCAUCUCUCCUCUCCCUCACACACAUACACACACACACAGGCUCUCCACAAUACAACUCUAACCGCGCGCGAGCUCAGCGCGUGAGUCAUCGGCGGCGCAGCGCUGACUGCGCUAUGCCUCUCGUUGUAAUUCAUCGGGACGAUGAUGAUUGACUCCCCUACCACCGCCACUACUACACAACUCCUCCUCCUCGAGCGCACUCCGCGAGCGAGCGCUCUGUCAGUCGGAUGCGUGUAGAGUUAUCGCUCUCGAUUUCGUGACAUUUCGACGUGUUUUUUUUUGUCUUUCUUCCUUCCUUCGCUGGAACACUCUGUGAUACCGGAGACGCCGUGUGGAUGUGAACAGUGCGCGGAGAUAAGAGGAGGAGGAGACAGUCGAAGAGCGAUGCGCUGAUGAAGGAGAGGAGACACCCAGUUCGAGUCGAGCUGCGCGUGACGCCGGAGCGAAUAUAAGCUUCCAGUGUGUGUAUGUGCCUCUCGGAUGGAUACAGUACUGUAACAGAAUUGAAUUUUCGGUGCGACGAUCGGUUUGUUUUGACUCGAGGUCGCGCGCGCUGAUUCACGAGUCGAUGCAGAAUCGCGCGUAGGAAGCUUGUAUAGCAAAGAAAAACCAGCGGCGUCACAGCGGAGAAGAAGAGGGAACGAUCCGACACUCGUCGUCGAGAGUGCGGCGCUGAACUUGCAUCGCCGCACACAUACACAUACCGAAGACGGGCGAGAAUUCCAAAGCAGCUCUCGUCGGGUCAUGCCGUCGACGCUCGAUGGCCCGUGAAAGCGAGGCACGACAACGGACCUGGUGCCUCAGCUGCUGGGCAUGUUCGACGAGUUGGCCCGAGGCAAGGCCGAGCCGAGCAUUAGCCAGGAGCAGCAUGUGGCGCUGCAGAAACGCCUGAGUCUCGUGCAGAAGAGGAAGAGCAGCUGUCGAGUCUCGCAGCUGUACGCUUGCAAUAACUCGGACGACAUAAUGCCACCGGCGCCGGGGGACGAGGCCGAGAUCAACGGACACCACGCGGUCGUCGGCUGUAACCACCCGACCAUCGUCGUCGAGGACAAGAGCAGUCCGGUGCUCGGUCGAGGGAGUCAACAGGCUUCGCCCGCGCCGCUUAGGUACAGCGGGCGAAGAUGCCGCUCGCAGCAGCAGCCGGGCAGUCGGCCGGUCUCCGGAAGCUCGAUAGCCUCGAGCACCUCGUCGAGCGGCUGCAGCAACCAGGGAAACGCGAGCAGCGCGGCCAAUCCAUAUUUGGCCUCGGUCGAAUCGCUCGCCGACACUUGCGCCAGUUCUCAAGGUUCCGGGGACAGCGGCGUGGUGACGAUCUCCGAGUCCAGCGUCAACGGGCCCAGCCUGACGAGCAACGGCAGCGGCACGGGUCGACCGAACGGCAAAAUACGCAUGUCCGAGGUCGACCGAGCGACGGCGGCGAGAUUCUUCGACGAGCGAAGGCCGAGAUACUGUGAUCCACACCGUAGCCCCGUCGAGAGGGUCCUGCUGGAGAUCGUCGACACCGAGGCCGUCUACGUCGAGCACCUCCGACAAGUCAUUCAGGGGUAUUUAAUUUUCUGGAGGGACGAUCCCGCCUCGCUCAUCAGGGAUCUCGAGCUCAACGGACUGUUCAGCAACAUCGAGGAUAUCUUCGAGUUCAAUCGGAAUUUCCUCUCCGCCCUGGACAGCAGCGGACUCGACCCGAUAGCCGUUGCCAAUACCUUCAUAGAGCACAAUUCUGGCUUCAAAGUUUACACGGAGUAUUGCACGAAUUACCCGACAACCGUCUCGAUACUAACGGAACUGAUGAGUCAAGAGGUGAUCGCCAGAGCCUUCCGAGAGCGUCAGGCAGCGCUGGGCCACCUGCUCCCCCUGGGCUCGUUCCUCCUGAAACCGGUGCAGCGGAUCCUCAAGUACCACCUCCUGCUGGAGAACCUCUCGAAGGAGUUCGAAGCGAAGCUCGAGCUGGAAGGCAGCGACGAAGCCGACAACUCGAGCGCGGCGGAGGGUAGAGCAGCUCUUGAGGGAGCUCUGCAGGCGAUGACGGGCAUCGCGAGGCACAUCAACGCGAUGAAGCGCAAGCACGAGCACGCCGUGCGCGUCCAGGAGAUCCAGUCGUUGCUCUACGGCUGGCCGGGACCCGACCUCACCACCAGCGGUGAACUCAUCGCCGAGGGCAGCUUCCGGAUGCGCGGAGCCAAGGCGCCGAGACACGCCUUCCUCUUCGACCGGAUGCUUCUGCUCACCAAGAAGCGCGAGGACGGACUGCUCGUCUACAAGGCCCACAUACUCUGCUCGAACUUGACGCUGAUGGAGAGCAUUCCCGGAGAGCCGCUCAGCUUUCAUGUGAUACCGUUCGACAACUCGCAGCUGCAGUACAAGCUGCAGGCGAGGAACCUCGAGCAGAAGCGCGAGUGGACGCUGCAGAUCAAGAGGGUGAUACUCGAGAACUACAACGCCGUGAUACCGUCGCACGCGCGACAACUAGUGCUGCAGAUCGGUCAGAAUAGGUCGGAGGACGACGCUACGCCAGAACGAUACAAAAAGUCCUCGGAGUAUUUCGACAGCAGGAAAGCGGACCGGGAGAGGAGGCGAUCGGAGACUGGUCUCAGGCAAAAGCUGAAGAAGGGCAGGAAGAGUGAUGUGUCGAUAAGCACCGCUGAGAAUUCGCCUAUGGUCGCGCGAAAGAACCAGUCGGCGGAGUCCAUCCACUUCGGAUCUAGGGACGAAAAUCUUAAUCGGAGCUCCGAGAUUCGAGGGUCAAAGAUUAAGGAUCGAUUCACGAGUUGGAGGAGGAAAUCCGAGCCAGGUUUUCAGUCCUACAUAAACCUGAACCCAUCGGACCACGAGGAGACCGAAACAGUGGACGCUACGGCAAACGACAGCAGCAGCACCACGCCAACUCAGGACCUAGCGGAGAGCAAAGACGGCGAGGCACAAACGGAGCCCGACGGCAACACCACGACCGAGCCUCCGAGUCCCUCUUCACAAACCAAAGAACCCAGCAACGUCGACGAUUUAAGUAAAGAGCUCAAGAGCCAGCAGAGCGUCGAGGAGAUAGUCGGCAACAUCCUAAUGAAUAGUCAGGAGUUUCAGAGACGCCUCGACAAGCAACAUCAGCAGCUUCCUCGUAACCACAGCGUUUUACACAAUAGUAUUCUGAAGCAGCGGAUCGCGAAGAGCGCGGCAACGCUCGACAGUUCCGAGGAAGAGGAUACGGACAACGAGGACAAAGCCACGAGCAACGGAGGCACUUCUUACAACAAGUCGCGCUCCAGGUUUUCGAGGCGGGAACAGUGCUUCGUGCGCGCCGUCAACGCCUACAAUCAACGCAGUUUCCGAUCGCAGUACGACAGUUUCCGCAACGUCGAUACUCUCGACGACUCGAUGCUUCAACGGCAAAAUUCCAGUUCUGCGGCGGUCAGGACCUCGACAACUCGUUCAUCUAAUCACGAAAAGCGAUCGCCGCCUGAAAGCUUCAAAAAGCCGAACUUUGGCAGCGACAGUCGGGUUAUCAGAACGGCCCUGCGCAUUCGUGAGGACUGCUGCGACUCCGGCUCUGAGCACGAGGAUCGGGAAGAACCGAUAUACGAGACUCCCAUGAUCGUGAAGAAAGAUGAAGCUGUCGUCGACGAUAAAGGUAAUCUGAGCAACUACGACAAUCUCCAACACGCCUGGCACGACUGUCUAGAGACAGACGACGGCACUAUCCAGGACUGUCCAACAAAAGCCGCCGUCUGGCUCACCAAGCUCUGCGAGGGUUUACCCGACCAGCCGCAGAAGUGCGGCUCGCUGCCUCGCAGCUUCCAGAUGAUGAACGCAACAGAUGACGACCUGGGGCACGUGUCAAAGUCGCGAUUCUUGCAACGUGACGGUAAAUCUAUGACCGAGCGCCCCUUCACCAUCGCCUCGGACAAGCCUGCAGAGAUCAAUCUCGAGGACAUGGAGCGCUACGCGUCGACGUGUCAGGGUUCCGCGAGGAUAGCCAAGUUUCCGACCGGAGGCGGUUCGUCCACCUCGUCGUCGACGUUUUUUUGCUCAUUGGACGACGCGUCUUUCACCGAUACGGACUCGAUGAGCAGAGGGACCACGCUGUCGUCGAGUACUCACGUGCAUCCGGAUCACAAGAUCUAUCGAGCCAACAGAUCCGUUAGCAAAGAUCUAACCAGCGGUACGAUAACAUCCAAUUACUCGAGCUCAAGUAUCCGCAGCGUGCUCUCGAAAGCCGGCAGUCGCCUGCAAGGUCUGCGAUCGAGUCAAAGCACCGAAGCGCUCGAGUGCAGCGAGGAGAUCGAGCGCACGCGCUACUUCCGUUCGUUCAGCAAGCGCGGUAAGAAUAAGAAUAGUAUAAAGUCCUCUUCGAGGGACACCAUCACUUCGGACGUCGAGGAAGUGGUCGGCUGCGUCGUCACGAACAAUAACAGCAGCUCCAAGCUGCGUCUCGAUCAUUUGCCAUAUCAUAAACAGGGUAGCCCAAGCCUGGGCGCGCGCAUUGCCCAAUCGGACUACGCGGAUCCGAUUAAAUUGUUUGCCGAGAGCCGUAGGAAUCUACUCAGUAGCGCUCAUUCGAUGCGGAGCGUAGUCGACAACGAAGAGAUGGAUGAUGGUCACGACGAGGUAUUUGAGACGGUAGAGGAAGCGAUCGAGGCUCUGGAGAGCGAUAGCUUUUACGAAAAGUCUUUUGAGACGAUCGAGAACUACGUGGAGGGCGAGACUGAGGAAACCUUCAGGGAUAGUGCAAUAUUUAGCGAUGUCGACGACUCCAGCCUCAAGUCCACCGAAACUGCAACGAAUGGCGGCAGCGCGAGAAAAGUCCCGCCGCCGGUACCGCUAAAGAGGAAGCUCAGGCGAAGUAUUGGCCUUGUUAGCGAGAAGCCCGCUGUCACGCAGAAACCAGCGCACCUUCAGCUCCGGGCCAGAAUCGUCAAGUGUCGCGGCUCGAGAACCGUGCCCGCCAAGGCAGCGAACACUGGUAGCACUGAGAAUAAGGAGAUGAUAGUGGACAAUGCAGGAGGAGCGACCGUAGUUAGAGAGGAUGACGUGUCGGCGGGACAGAGUCAAGUGGGAUGGGUCAAGAAGAUGGUAGGGCAACUGCAGGCACAAGUUGAUGCAUGAUGAUGAAAGGCGUGAUUAUUCAUUACUUUGUUUUUUUUUAUUUUUGCCGUAUAAGUAAGAGAAAGCUCUGAAAAACUGGCUUCUCUGUUACCCUCGAUUGAAAGAUUUCAUUGAAAACGUUGUAGUUGUAAUUUUUUUUAAGUAAGCGAUUAACCGUGGUUGGCAACGUCUCGAAGAGAUUAUACAAUGAUAUGAAAAAAGGAAUUGAUUGGAAAGUGGUAGAGAUAAGCUACUUAACUCAUCAGCCAACCUCGGAUAAUCAAAAUGAUAAAAUUAACAAAAACCAAUAAAAAUCGUUUAUUUAUGACUGAGUUUCGUGUAGUUUUCAAUGAAAUACUCUACAGGGUUUACUAUUUUAUGGUAUGACUCGACUGUUCUGAUUUUUCGCUGAACUUUCUCAUCUUUGUAGCAAGUCUUGAGUCACGAGUUCGUUAAGGGUUAUUUGUGUUAAAGAGAAUAUAGUGUAUAUUUAAGAGGACGAUGUUAAUCGGAGAAAAUGAUGAGAGUUAAAUUAUUCAGCGUGGAGUCAGCGUUUAAACCACUUGUUGAAGUACGUAAUGUUCCAGAAAUAUAUGCUUGUCCUUAGAAAAGAUAACUUGUGAUAAAAAUUGUUUCAUUCGUCUUCAUUUUUAAUUUCAUGUUUGCGAAGAUUGUAAUAAUUUCUGUAUGAUUUCUUUGUUUUGGUGUAAAAUUGUUCCUUUCAUAAUCAGCAUUCUUGUACAUUUUUUUUAAAUAUAAACUUUCAGAUUUGCAAAUUUGAAUGAUCAGAUUUUUAAAAUAAUAUAGCAACUUAAAGGUAAAUAUGUAUCAAGGAAAUAUGAUAUUGCGUCCACAAUAAUGUUAUCGUCAAAUUUCAAAAAGAUAAUUAUCAUUGUUAAAAAUGAGAUGUUCAAUUUCUAAAAUAUCUACUCAAUGUUUGAUAGAGACAGUGAAACAAAAAAUUUUAAAUAUUUAAACAAACAUAUCUCUAGAUCUCGCAAGAUCAAAAUACGUUGUUAUGGUGUCAACUAUUUAAAAAAAAAGUUCGUCCAUAUAAUGUUAAAAAAAACUUUGAGCCAAAAAUUGUUGAUUAAUAUUGAAAAUUAUGAAUAUGAACUCGAGACAUCAAGUCCACCGAGGUAAGGCUGAGUUUUUGCUAUUAGUUUAUCUGCGAUGGUGCAAAAGUAUACACAGCGGUUAACUUUAAUGCGGUUUAAAUUAUUUUGCAAGCGGAGAAAAGUGACGGGACAAGUUGGCCAUAAUGUCGUGCGAUAAACUUUUGCAUUUUUACUACUAUAGCUUUAAUCUUAAUGCAAAUGAUUUUCGAGUCUUUUUGAAUCUACUGUUAAACUGUGUUAUAGUCUUGCAUAAGGCAAAGUACAAGUAUUUUAUAAUUAUCAUCGUUACAGUAAAUAUAGAAAGGGCUUUUUUGACGUUGAUGGAAUCAGUCUGAGAUAUACUGGAUUUCAAAAGCACAGAUCUCCAUCCAUUUCAAAUCGAUUUAUAUAAAUUUAUGUAGAUUUAUGUACAUUUUUAACAAGAAUUUACAAUGAAAAGGCUCGUAUCGAGUUAUAAAUAACAUUAAUAAAUGUACCUUUAUCGACAGA